AGUGGAGCGUACGAGCAAAACAGCAGAACACGAGAGAGCACGUCUUUCACGCGUGUCACCUCACAAUCUAUUUUAUUGAUUGAUUUAUACAUAUUUUUCUGCGCACACGAACCCGCCCUCAGCGCCAUCCCUGACAGUAGCAGAAUAGUAACACUUCGCUACUGCACUCCCUGCGGAAUGAAGGCCCUUGUCUUGUGCGACGGCUCUGAAGGCUCCCUGCGGUGCAUUGAGGUGGCCUGCGCUGCCCCUGCCAAAGCCGCCAGCGCAGACACCGCUCUCGUCCUCCUGCAUGUGUGGGACGGCCCUCUCAAAUCGCCCUCCGCCGCUCUCGCAGGAGAAGGCGCGUCGUCGCACCCCGCUACCCGUUCUUCCCGUGUCUCCUUCAGCACCCACGCGGCGGCAGAUGCGGGCUCUACUGCACCGGAUCCAUCCACGAAUGAAGCAGCAGCGGCGGUGACGGCCUCCUCCUCCGCCUCUCUGUCUUGUGCAGAGGUGCUGACCGCAACGCUGAAGGCAGUCCACACGAAUAAGUAUGUGAAGGGACGCGCACACUACUGCGUGGAGACCGUCUGCGCCGCCGCUGCAGCCAUGACAAACGAGAACACGGCUGACAACAGCAGCUAUUUGGUGAAAGCAACGAGUGAUGCUGCACCGGAUAAGUCCGCGGCGCUGACGUCAGGCCGCGACGAGCAGGAGGAAGCCGCCCAGGUGAAUGCGGUGGUGCGACACGCCUCUGCGCGAGCGGGGCAUCACCAGGUGGAAGCUGUUCUCCUAGGUGUGGGUCAACUACAGGAAGGGAAGGUGUGUGCGGUGGGCACCGUCGCCCUGCACACCCUCCGACACCUGCGCACCCGCUAUCCUUUGUAUUACAUUAAAAAGGACGGCGUGAAGUGGCGGCCCGCACCGGCUGCCAAUGCCACUGCCUCGGCCACUGCCGCUGCUACUGCUGUUAUUGCGCCGUUGCGGUUCACCGUUGUGGUUCCCAUUCCCGCCUCGAUCACGCCUUCGCUGCCUGCGGGUGGGUCGGCGACCGACGUGCGCACCACCGCGGAAGUCCCGUCGAGCCCGGUGAGACUGGCCAUCGAGGCCGCGGUGCACUACACUCAGCAGCACUGUUGGCGCACUUCCUCCGCCGCCGCCGCCUCCCCCACAAGCGUGGACAGCGUCGCUUUUCUGCUAAUCGCGCCCAGCUCCGUAAAGAGCGAGGAAGGCGACAGCGUCCCGGUUGGGGGAGAAGGCGGGGUUGGGAUGGCCGCCGCGGAAGCGAAUGAUGCGCUGCCAGAGCAUGGGGAGGCGUCGCUGGUGGAUCUUUACAAGCGGUACCUUGAGACACUGCUUCCCAAGGCGGCUCCAGUGCUCGCUGCGUUAGAGCCACAGGACGAACAAGGAAAGGUAGCCGACACGCCGGCUGCUGGGGAGAAAGCGAAUAUGGUCAGCAGCGAUGCUUCGCCAAGCGGCACCCCUUCUCGAAUUUCCGUCUGCGCGUUGAAAGCCUCCAAGAAGCAUCCUCGCGUCACCCUCGAGGAAGCCGAGGUGGCGCUCCCGCAGGUGCUGAAGCACGUGAGCGCCGUGAAGCCGGAUGUUCUCGUGCUACCCGUUUCCCUGAUCCCUGACGCGCUGCAGCUGGCGAUGCUCUCCGCAAGUAAGCCGCACUGCGUCAUCCUGCCGUAUUAG